ACUGCACUGAGGAAGCACUUCAACCCAUCACUUGGUGUUGACCUCUCCCUCAGUGGGUGAACUUGUGCCUUUGUAUCCUGAUCAUGCUUCUAUUCAUUCUUCUUCUAAAGUUAUUACAGGGAACCUCUAUUAUGACUAGGGACACACACACACACACACACACACACUAACUUUAUUUUGGAGACCAGAUGUUUUUGUCUUCCAGUGCAGAUGCUCAUUUUACCGGCCCCAUGGACACCAACGUGGUGAUCCAACACGAUGGCCAGAUAAUGUGGGAUUCCCCGGCAAUCACUAAGAGCUCCUGCAGGGUGGACGUGUCCUACUUCCCCUUUGAUGCUCAGCAAUGCCGCUUCACCUACGGCUCCUGGACCUACAAUGGAAAUCAACUAGAUAUAUUAAAUGCAAUGGAGAGCGCUGACCUGGCCGACCUGAUAGAAAAUGUUGAGUGGGAGGUGCUGGGAAUGCCGGCCAAAAGAAACGUCAUUCAGUACGGCUGCUGUGCUGACCCCUACCCAGAUGUGACCUACACACUGAAACUGAAGAGGAGAGCUUCCUUCUACGUCUUCAACUUGCUCAUACCUUGUGUGAUGAUCUCCUUUCUGGCUCCACUGGGCUUCUACUUACCAGCUGAUUCUGGAGAGAAAGUGUCUCUGGGUGUCACUGUUAUGUUGGCUCUCACCGUCUUCCAGCUGCUGGUGGCAGAGAUCAUGCCUCCCUCUGAGAACGUACCUCUAAUUGGGAAGUAUUACAUUGCGACCAUGACGAUGAUCACGGCCUCCACCGCUCUGACAAUCUUCAUCAUGAACAUACACCACUGUGGUCCAGAUGCCAAGCCUGUUCCUAAGUGGGCCAAGAAGGUCAUUUUGCAGUACCUGGCCAAGGUGUGCUUUGUCUACGAGGUGGGUGAAAACUGCCUGUCUCCACAGCCAGAAAAACAGGAACCUCCGUCGCUAAAGAAAAACAGUUGCCCGAUGAACGGACGAGCAGGAUCCGUCAAGGAUGACUGCAUAUUUAAAAGUGACAGAACAUUAGAGAGAGAGGAGACGUCAGAAGACAAGGAGGACAUGGACCAGAUGGUGAGCCCAAUUGGCUCAAUGGGGCAGAACCCCACCAACCAGUACAGCUGCUGGAAAAAUGGCAUCUUCAACAGCAUGGACUGUGAGGCUACGGUGGGUCAGAGGAGAAACAGGAAGAAUGGAACAAGCGGAGGUGAAAGUAAAGAUGGAGAAUGUAACACCUUUAACAGUCAAAACAACGAGAGGCAGCUGCUGCGCAACAUCGAGUAUAUCUCCAACUGUUACAGGGAUCAGAGGGCCACACAGAAAAGAACCGGGGAGUGGAAGAAGGUCGCCAAAGUUUUAGAUCGCUUCUUCAUGUGGAUCUUUUUCAUAAUGGUGUUCUCCUUGAGCCUUCUCAUUAUGGGCAAAGCCAUCUGACUACACCGGCAUACGAUCUUCACAGCUGUCUUCAAACUCAUGUGUGUCAGUGUCUGUAACCGAGUGACAAAUAAAGAUCUCCAUAUAAAGAUCGCAAUCUUUGUCUGAGCAUCUAAGAAAUAAACUCACAUCUUAUUUUAUAUUGUAUA